AAUGUAGUUAUUUCGAGUAGACCACUCUCGCUCACACACUCUAUCUUCGCUCACUCACUCAGCACCCCGAAUUCUCCCAGUCUCACACACCCACAUUCCUUUGCUCGCGAGAGUUCCGAUUCCAAUUGCCCUCUUGGCGAAGAUAGACUCGUCGAGUCGCUUGCACUCGCUAGUUAGCUCGCUCUCCUCUCGCUCUCGCUCUCGUCUAUCUCUCCUCUCUCCUAUCAGUGACCUGUUGGUGUGCGGAGGCGUCGGUUGAUUUCGGACGGUUAUACAUCAGACGUACACGUAGAACGACUGGUGUGCUCAGAGCGGGUCUGGGGCCGUCCCACUGGCCUCAACGAGUGAUGAGCGCUGGGAGGUUGGGAAUUCCAUAAUGCGAGAGGGAUGAUGAUUGCGGGUCGCGUACUGCUCCUGCCUUAUGAGUCUGAUUGCCGCCGCGGCUGCCGUGGGAUCGACUCCCUCGCCGCUCCCUCUGAGUGCAAUGGUGUUUGCAGACGCAGGAGUCCCUUCAUCUGCUGUGGCGAUCAGACGACCGCGAUUCUGAUGUGCCUGACUGCUGUCGCCGUCAUUGUGGCUUGAAAGACAUUUGUCUAUAAGGACGAGCUUCCUCCUUUUAGAGCGGUCAGUCAUCGUUGUUGUUGUUGUUGUGUGUGUGUGUGUGUGUGUGAGAGAGAGAGAGAGAGAGAGAGAGAGAGAGACGAAUGGCGGAUAUGGAAUACACUAUUUCGAUGGGCGGGGACAUUUGUUUCCAAGACUUCCUACCGAUCAUGGCCCAAAAAAUAGGGCCGGAAGAUUUUUCUAAAGAACUGUGCAACGGGUUUUGCAUGCUCGCGGACCCCCGCACCAACACCAUUACAAUUCAGAGCUUAAAGAAGAACGCCAGGCGACUGGGUCUGGAAGGAAUUACCGAUCAGGAAUUCCGUGAGAUGAUAGCUCAGGGUGACCUAGAUGGGGACGGUGUGCUCAGCGAGAGAGAAUUUUGCGCUCUGAUGAUCAGAAGUAGCCCUGCUCUUCUCGCCCAUGCCGAAACCUGGCUUCUCGACGCACUCGAUGAAGAGUUGAGGGAAUGCAUGGAGGAUAUGGAGGAGGAUGACUUGUAAUCCCGUCUCUCACACAGUGCCCAGACUUCCGUUCUUAACGAGGCAACAUUUUUGCUAUCACGUCGUAGAUUGCGCGCGCGGGAUUCAGGAGGAGGAUGACUCUUUUGCCAUCUGCUGGGCGGUCCAAGUUGCUAUUUUGAGAUUGAGAAGAAGAGAGGGGUUAGGAUUUGCUUGCUGGCCAUGAAUACUGCUCUUGACCAAAUGUGGCAUGGGAUGAAAGAGCUCGAUUUGCUGCAGUUUGCCUCCUGACGUCAUGUUCAAAAUGUUGGGUAACCACUGCAUUUUUCGUAGGCAUAUUGCUCGAACAUGGCCUUGUUAGAUUGAUCAGUCCUAUGCUCGUUAGAGGUGCCUACCGAGUGCCAGCAGAGACGCAAGUACGGACGACUUCAGAGAGCUCAGAUCUCUCUGAACAGAUGCAUUUUACGGCCGGGCAUGAGUAGGUCCAUAAUUCAUUAUAAUUGUGCUUUUGAGGCGGUGCUCGAGCGUCCAAGAUUGUACCCUCUCAGCUAAUGUCAAGGAAAAUUACACUACUGCUUAAAUGUAUCACAUCAGUGCUUGGAUUC